AUGGCGGAGCAGCGGGAGAUCAAGAUGCCACAGGCUAGUCGAAAGGUCAUUUGCGACCACUGCGAUUCCCGCAUACAAGUCGACGAGAUGCAUUUCCAUUGCGGAGACUGUCCCGACUUCGAUCUCUGUAAGCGCUGCUACCCAUCGGCAACCACGAUACAUCCUGCGGACCACUCCCUGGCUCUUCUGGUCCCAAGGAACAGCGAAGGCCUCGGGCCUCAAUGUGACAACUGCCAUAGCAGCAUCCUGAGAGUCCUUCACUUCUGCAAGACCUGUCCGAACUUCAACAUCUGCAACACCUGCUUCGCGUCUGCAUCAACCUUCCACCCCGAAAGUCACGAGUUUUGUACGAUAGGAUCACCUGAAGAGAGCGGGUACCGGUGCGGACACUGCAACGCUAUCAUUUCGAAGUUCAUGUUCGUGUGUGGCGACUGCCCAAGCUUUUCCAUAUGCAAAAGCUGCUACCCAUCUGCGGCUGAAGUCCACCCGGCACAUUCCUCAUGGACUCCAGCCUCCUUGCGCGACGAUAAGGGCCGGAGCCUGCAAUGCGAUAGCUGCAAUCGUGCAAUUUCAGGCGGCAUUUUCCAUUACUGCAAGUUAUGUCAGGACUUUACAGCAUGCAACGACUGCUUCUCGGCUUCGUCGUUCACCCAUUCAAAGGAUCACAGCUUCGUGACAAUCGGGGCGCCAAAGGCGACCGAACUUCAUUGUAGCCACUGCAGCGAAGAACUCAUCGCCGUUCUUCACCAUUGUGAGACCUGUCAAAAGUACCGCUUGUGCGAAAAAUGCUUCCAGCUUUCGAGAACGACAUGGAUUCACCCCGUGGAUCAUUAUUUCGACAAGAGGGUGUCGCGAGCUGUUCUCUACUCCCACUGCCGCCAGUGCGAUUCUGCGGUCUCUGACGUUUUCCAUCGUUGCGAGACUUGCGUGAAUUACAACCUCUGCGAAAACUGUUUCCCGUCCGCGACAGACAUCCACUCAGCCGAUCACUCCUUUGCCCGGCUAGGUGGCCCGAACCAACGUACCGGCCACAACUACCGAGACGACUUUUCGAAUUUGUUACGGGGACACGAUGCCGCGACAACUCGCAAGCAAAAAAGGAUAGAGGAGGGAGAGGACCCAGACACGGAUGCCGAGUCUCUGUCUGCCCCGACAGCUAUCAUGAUCAAGUCCGACGUAGCCCUUUUCUUCGGAAACGAUGGCGGCAGCCAAGGUGCCUUUGAGCAGUUUUCCGGCGCCGCUGGGCCUCCGGAGGAACUCGACGUGAGGGGCCUAAAGGGAAAGUCAGCGCACUUUAUCAAUGGCCCAGACUCGUACCGAUCAAACUGCACUUCUUGUACAUCCGUUACGGCGGUCUUGCCAAGCUUGCAUGUGGCGUUGCGGGAUCCGGAGGUGCUUGAAGCAAUCGGCGGCAAAGAAGAGCUGACUCACAUGACCAUCUCCUGGCCCGCUCGCCUCCCGGCUCUCAUGCAAGCCACCUUGGACGAUUGUUCCUUCUGUGCAUUCAUCUUGAAGAAAUUCUUUGGGGGCUACCAGGGCGACUUGUUCCUGUACUGGCCGGAAAGGCCGUGGUAUGCGAAACCAAGUCGAGCUCCGGAACAACGCGACGCAUUCCUCGAUAGAUGCAAGAAAUUGCUGGCGCAAUGGGGUGAUCAAACCAUCAAGUUCUACAUCACGCCCAGAUGUACCACACCAGGCAUCUCCCCGCCAGAUUUUGAUACUCUGCGAAUCCUCCCCUGCGCGGAAAGUAAGGAACAGGCCGAGGCUCUAAAGAAGAUUUCAGCGUUUGGCAGAGCCAGAGCUCAAAUCGAUGUGCCUGUCUACGCCGAGCAUGGCAGUCCGGCCGCACGGCACAUCAGUCCUAGGCCACCGAACCCGAGCCCGGCAUCAGAAUUUGGCUUCAACCAAAUUAGGUCUUGGCUGGCGGAUUGCGAAGAGAACCACGGUGAGACGUGUAAAGGGGGGACCCCAUCUGCACUACCGACCCGCCUGAUUGAUGUGUCUGGCCCCGACAGCUCCCUCCUCCACCUCAAAGAGUCCAAUCCGGGGGAGCACGGUCGCUAUACGGCACUGAGUUACUGCUGGGGGGGACCGCAAGAGUUUCGAACCACCAAAAAAGACCUGGCGGCUAGGGUCGAGGGCUUCCAACUUAAGAACCUCCCCAAAACUCUCCAGGAUGCCGUCAUAGUGACCCGAGAGCUGGGGAUAUCGUACUUAUGGGUAGAUUCCAUGUGUAUCGUCCAGGAUGACGAUGAAGACAAGUUUCGCGAGAUCUCGAGGAUGAGGGACAUCUACAAAGAAGCCGUGCUCACCAUUUCGGCUUCCAACGGCAAAGCCGCUAACGACGGCUUUCUCCAUGAUUUAUCCGACUGGAGAACGGGGCUUUGGCGGAGCAUGAUCCCAUUGACAUACUGCCUCCCCAACGACGGAGCCACUACGAUGAAAGAAGCCUUUGAGAUGCCCAAGGGCGAAGAGAGCAGACUUUGGCUGCUAGACGAGGACUCAUACCUGGAGGGAUUGUUUUCUGACCCUGUUUCCAGCCGGGCUUGGUGUCUACAGGAACGGGUUCUGUCUCCGCGAUUCCUAGACUACGGGCGAUGGCCCAAGUGGAGAUGCAAUCACGGCACCAAGAGCGAUGGCGGGUUCUACGCCGAGGACAUGUGGUCUGGCGAAGCAGAGCGGAAGAUCACGGCCUUUCUUUUGUCAAAGUCUGAAGGUCAUUGUCUGAGUCUAAUGGAGAUGAACAGGUUGUACAAAAGCUGGUAUGCACUUCUCAGCCACUAUACCAAGCGGCAGAUGAGCGUGGAGGCGGAUAAGUUGCGCGCUAUCGACGGCAUCGCGUCGGACAUCAGCAGACUCACCGGCGUACCUUACGUCGUCGGGCUAUGGGCGAACAAUCUGCUACACGACAUUAUGUGGCAGACGAAGAUCGGAUUGGAGUCGCUUUCGAGGCCGAAGGAGUGGCGCGCGCCCACGUGGUCAUGGGCUUCAGUGAAUUCUCCGAUUUCGUACGACACCAUUUCCAACGAUUUGGAUCCCCAGGCAACCAUUAUGGGAUAUCAUUGCCCACCCGAAGCAACUUUGAGGCCAUCUGAUGAUUCCCCUGACGACAGACCUUGGCUUCAGAUUCGUGGACCGUUGCUGGAAUUGGACCACGACAAGGUUGUCGAUUUGAUGCUUUCUCAGCGAAUGAGUCCGGCACCGGACAUGGAGCAGGAUGAGCGAGAAUGGUACAAGAAGACCUAUCAACAUUGUGCCGAAACCAAUAACGAGAAGGCCACGAAUGAGGAGGUGCGGGAGUUAUUGCCGGACUGA